UGGGUGCGAUUUUGGGGAACGCGUUCCAUCGGCUCCUCCACCUUUUAAUUGAUUUGCGCGUCCGGCUCGCUAGGCGGCCCAUGCUCCUUCCAUGGUGGGCCUGAGCUGCUCCCGGCUGGCAUCCAGAUCAACAAGGGCCCCACUGAAAAGUGCAACAACUGAUGGCUGCACUCUGCAGACGCAAAGCUUCCCCAAAUUCCAAUUGACAUUUUGACUGUCAACUGAGCUCGACUUGCGACGGGACGUUCCGAACCUCAACACCGAACCGUCUUAACCACGAAAAUGCAGUCCCUCGGCAAGAGAAAGAGAACCGAAGAGGAAGACGUCGAAAAGGUCUUCACCAAAUACUGGGGCGAGCUGCACCAUGCCCUCAAAACCGCCAAAGGCUUCGAGAGACAGCGCCAGUCCAAGCGACUCCAUGAUCGAAGCACACCACAGGACAAGAAGGCCAGGAUAGAAAAUGAGAUUGUCGUCCUCAAGUCCCUCGACCUGUACCAAGCCGCCCAUGCGCACCUCUGCUUCUCCCUCCUCCGCAUCAAGCGCAUUGCCGAAUGCCCCAACCUACCCGAGGCCGUGAAGCGCGGCGUCUCCAAGCCAAUGCUCACCGAAGAAGAACGAACCGCUCUACACAACGUUACCAGCGCUCUCUGCGCCCGCCAAGAGGUCCGCACCGUCACAGACAAGGCGAUUGUGGGGAUAUGCAAGGCCAUGGGCAUCGAGCCGCCUGAGAAGAAGGGCAAGAAGGGCAAGAACCAGCCCAAGGAGAAGGAAGGGUUGAAGACCGAGGAGGCCAAGGAAAACCGGGACAACAAGACGACUAAGGAUAAGAAGGAGGAGGAAAAGAAGGACACCAAGGUAGACAAGAAGGCCAAGGAAAAGGGCAAGAAGGACGACAAGCCAACGGAGAAGACAAAGACCAAAGAGAAGCCGGCAAAGAAGGAAGCUGUGGCAGAACAAAACUCGGACCACGAUGAAGAACCGGUCAACGAGGAGGAGGAAGAGAAGGUGCUCUCCAAAUACGACGACUUGCUCGGUGGUUCGUCCUCCGAAUCGGACGCAGACGAUGAGGAGGCGAGGUUUGCUUCCAAGGCCGCGGUCAAGAAGCGUCCUAUCGCAAAGGAGCUCGAUCCCAUGGAGAUUACAGAUGACGAAGAGGGAGGGUAUGGAGACGACCUAGACCCUAUGGAAAUCACGGACGACGAAGCCGAAGACGGCGACUCCGAACAAAACGGCGACGGUUCCGAUGACGAAUUCGAAGGGUUCAGUGACUCGGAGGAUGAAGGAUCAAAUACCAAACUCCAAGAAGAACAGUCCGAAGACGAAAACCAAGACGAAGAAGAAGACGACUCCGACUCCGACAACAGCGGCAUCGAUGCCGCCCCCUCAAAGAAGAAGAGCAAAUCCUCGUCAUCAACCGCCAACACCCAAAAACUCCAAAACUUCACCAUGGACUCCACCUUCCUCCCCACUUUGAUGGGCGGCUACAUCUCCGGCUCCGAGUCCGCCUCGGACGUCGACGUCGCCCCGGCCCGCAAGAACCGCCGCGGCCAGCGCGCCCGCCAGGCCAUCUGGGAGAAGAAGUUCAAGGAGGAGGCCAAGCACCUGAAGAAGCAGCAGAACGCCAGAGACGCCGGUUGGGAUAUGAAGAGGGGUGCGGUGGAGUCUUCGGAUGGCAAGCCGUGGAAGAAGGGUAGUCUUCUUGACAUUAAGAAUAAGGGCAAGGAGGGUGGCGAAGAGGGAGGUGAGGAUAAGGGUGGUGAUGCUCAGACAGGAGGUGCAGGUGCUGCUGCGGCGAGAGGUGGUGAUAGGGGUCGUGGCGGCGGAGGCAGAGGUGGUAGGGGUGGUGCUGGUCGUGGUGGUAGCUUUGGAUCAGGAAGAGGCGACGCUGGGGCUGCUCCUGCUCCUCCGGCUAGGGCACCCACGAAGCGUGAUGAUAGCGGGCCGCUGCAUCCUUCGUGGGAGGCGAAGAAGAAGGCGAAGGAGAAGGAAAUGAUGUCGGCGCCGUUCCAGGGCAAGAAGAUCACCUUUGAUUAAGGGUUGGUAUAUCAUAUUCAACGACGACGCGAGUACAGUGUAAGAACAAAUCUGAAUAUAUUGACAGCAUACUCGAGUUGAUGCCCAUACUGGUCUUGGAGUAUGGACCGCAGUCAACGUGAAACACGCUUUUCCGAGGGAUGUGGUUGCACACCGUGUAUAACUCCUCGCCUGAUCUCUCACUAUAUGUUGUAGCUCCUUCCAUAGGUUCACA